GAGAGGACGUCAGGUAGAGGAAACUAAACUUAAGGUUCAGAUCAACCAAAGCACCCGACGUGGAAGCAGUUCUCUCGGUCAGGAGAAAAAUAAAACGCAUUUUGAAACACGCUGACGGACAGAAACAACAUCAAGGAAUGGCCUCUGCUAACACCUCCUGGCCGGAAGAGAACUUUUCAUGUUCCAUCUGUCUGGAUGUGUUCAGCAGCCCAGUUUCCACACCGUGUGGACACAACUUCUGCAGAACCUGUAUUACUAAGUUCUGGGAUGGACAAGUCAAGUACAAAUGUCCCGUUUGCAACGAGCUUUUCAACACAAGACCUGAUUUACGGGUCAAUAUCCUAAUUUCAGAGAUGGUUGAUCGGUUUGGAACGUCCCUACGAGUAAAAGAGCAGCCUUGUGUUGAACCAGGAGAAGUUCCCUGUGAUGUCUGUACUGGGACCCAGCUGAAGGCCGUGAAGUCCUGCCUAGUGUGUCUUACCUCUUACUGCCAAACCCACCUGGAGCCACACCAUAGAGUCGCAGGCCUGAAGAAACAUCGGCUGGUCGAGCCUAUGGACCGUCUGGACGACAAGAUGUGUAAGAAACACGACCGACUUCUGGAGCUCUUCUGCAAGACUGAACAGGUGUGUGUGUGUCAGUUCUGCACAGAGACGGACCACAAGUCACAUCCUGUUGUACCUCUAAAGGAGGAAUAUGAAGUGAAGACGGCCCAGCUGGGGAAGAUGGAGGCUGAAGUUAAACAGUUGAUCCAGGAGAGACAAAAAAAUAUUCAGGAGAUUAAAGACACAGUUAAACGCAUCAAAGCAGACGCAGACAGAGAGAUAGCUGAUGGUGUGCAGGUCCUCACUGCUCUGAUGCGCCGCAUUGAAAAGUGCCAGGAUGAUCUCAACCAAAUGGUGAAAGAGAAACUGAAAUCCACAGAGAAACAAGCUGAAGACCUCAUCAAAGAGCUGGAGCAGGAAAUAGAAGAUCUGACCAAUAGAAGCUCAGAGGUGAAGCAGCUCUCACAGACUAAAGGCCACCUCCACUUCCUCCAGGCCUUCAGAUCCCUGAAGGAUCCUCCACCCACCAGGGACUGGACCACGGUGGAGGUCCGUCCUCCGUCAUACGCAGGGACCUUGAGGAGAUCCCUGGAUCAGCUGGAGGAGACACUGAACAUGGAGAUGAAGAAGCUGCCUGAUGAUGCUGAACUGAAGAGGGUCCAGAAGUAUGAAGUAGAUGUGACUCUGGAUCCUCAUACAGCUCAUCCCUGGCUCACCCUGUCUGAGGAUGGGAAACAGGUACAUAAUGGAGGUGUAGUGAAGAGAAUCCCAUUCAACCCUAAGAGAUUUACACAGUGUAUAUCUGUGCUCACGAGGCAGAGCUUCUCCUCAGGGAGAUUUUACUUUGAGGUCCAGGUUAAAGACAAGACUGCAUGGUGGUUAGGAGUGGUCAGAGAGUCCAUAGACAGAAAAGGUGGGACCAGGUGGACCCCUGAGACGGGUUAUUGGACUCUUCUCACCAACAAGGAUGUGUUGGUAUUUAGAGAUAACCCUUCUGUCCGUGUCCCUCUGAGAGCUGAGCUCCAGAAGGUGGGGGUGUUUGUUGAUUAUGAUGAGGGUCUGGUCUCCUUCUAUGAUGUGGAAGCCAGGGUUCAUCUCUACUCUGCUACUGGCUGCACCUUCAGUGAGCCUCUCUAUCCAUUCUUCUACCCAGGUUCCCCUGUUUAUCUAGGUAACAACUCUGCCCCCCUCAUCAUCUCACCUGUCAAUCAAACAAUCAACCGAAGCAACCGACCUGGGACAGUGCGCUCGUUCAGGAGAAACAUAAAACGCAUUUUGAAACACGCUGACGGACAGAAACAGCAUCAAGGAAUGGCCUCUGCCAACACUUCCUGGUCUGAAGAGAACUUUUCAUGUUCCAUCUGUCUGGAUGUGUUCAGCAGCCCAGUUUCCACACCAUGUGGGCACAACUUCUGCAGAACCUGUAUUACUAAGUUCUGGGAUGGACAAGUCAAGUACAAAUGUCCCGUUUGCAACGAGCUUUUCAACACAAGACCUGAUUUACGGGUCAAUAUCCUCUUUUCAGAGAUGGUUGAUCGGAUUGGAACGUCCCUACGAGUAAAAGAGCAGCCUUGUGUUGAACCAGGAGAAGUUCCCUGUGACGUCUGUACUGGGACCCAGCUGAAGGCAGUGAAGUCCUGCCUAAUGUGUCUUACCUCUUACUGCCAAACCCACCUGGAGCCACACCAUAGAGUCGCAGGCCUGAAGAAACAUCGGCUGGUCGAGCCUAUGGACCGUCUGGAAGACAGGAUGUGUAAGAAACACGACCGACUUCUGGAGCUCUUCUGCCAGACUGAACAGGUGUGUGUGUGUCGGUUCUGCACAGAGACGGACCACAAGUCCCAUCCUGUUAUGCCUCUAAAGGAGGAAUAUGAAGUGAAGACGGCCCUGCUGGGGAAGAUAGAGGCUGAAGUUAAGCAGUUGAUCCAGGAGAGACAAAAAAAUAUUCAGGAGAUUAAAGACACAGUUAAACGCAUCAAAGCAGAUGCAGACAGAGAGAUAGCUGAUGGUGUGCAGGUCCUCACUGCUCUGAUGCGCCGCAUUGAAAAGUGCCAGGAUGACCUCAACCAAAUGGUUAAAGAGAAACUGAAAUCCACGGAGAAACAAGCUGAAGACCUCAUCAAAGAGCUGGAGCAGGAAAUAGAAGAUCUGACCAAUAGAAGCUCAGAGGUGAAGCAGCUCUCACACACUGAAGACCACCUCCACUUCCUCCAGACCUUCAGAUCCCUGAAGGAUCCUCCACCCCCCAGGGACUGGACCACGGUGGAGGUCCGUCCUCCGUCAUACGUAGGGACCUUGAGGAGAUCCCUGGAUCAGCUGGAGGAGACACUGAACAUGGAGAUGAAGAAGCUGCGUGAUGCUGAACUGAAGAGGGUCCAGCAGUAUGAAGUAGAUGUGACUCUGGAUCCUGAUACAGCUCAUCCCUGGCUCAUCCUGUCUGAGGAUGGGAAACAAGUACAUGGAGGUUUAGAGAAGAAACUCCCAGACAACCCUAAGAGAUUUACAGGGUGUACAUUUGUUCUCACGAGGCAGAGCUUCUCCUCAGGGAGAUUUUACUUUGAGGUCCAGGUUAAAGACAAGACUCUCUGGUCUUUAGGAGUGGUCAGAGAGUCCAUCGACAGAAAAGGUCGGACAGAGUUGACCCCUGAGAACGGUUACUGGGCUCUUCUCUGCUACCAGGAUGGUUUGGUAUUUAGAGAUGACCCUGAUGUCCGUCUCCCUCUGAAAGCUAGGCUCCAGAAGGUGGGGGUGUUUGUUGAUUAUGAUGAGGGUCUGGUCUCCUUCUAUGAUGUGGAAGCCAGGGUUCAUCUCUACUCUGCUACUGGCUGCACCUUCAGUGAGCCUCUCUAUCCACUCCUCAGCCCAGGUUUCAGUGAUUACGGAGGUAACAACUCUGCCCCCCUCAUCAUCUCACCUGUCAAUCAAACAGACUAGGACCUUUGUUUGGUGAUAAAAUAAUCAAACAACCAAAACAACUAAUGUUGUUUCCUGAAUAAGAAUCUCUACUAUGGGAGGUCUGAGAGAACUGUAUUCAUAUCGUACUCUUCAUUGUCAUCUAAGGAGUAAUUCAUUAAGCCAUUAACACUGUACUAAAAAUAUAACCCAUUAUAACCUAUAAGACUACGCUAUGAUGUUCAAUGUCUUUCA